ACUCCCGAAUUUUUUGGCACGGUCAGCCAGACGCAUAAUGUAUGUUUGUACAACCAAAACGAGUUAGCUGCUAAUAAUUUCACCAUGAUCAGCGCAAAGGAGGCGGAGGUUGAGCGACAAACGCCAAAUCGCAGUGGCGGAAGGAGACGAUCCAUCUUCAUGGUUACUCGGUAUGAUACAGCGAUUAGGCCUCGGUUGCAUAGCAAUGGAUCCGUUCCUGGAACCCCCGACAUCGAUAGCACACCCGACGUGUCUUUCAAGAACCAAGGAGAUAAAACGUUAUUCUUCGACUACGAGAGCACGCUACAAAAACUAGACAACUAUUAUAGACGACUGAAGAGGCUGAUCCUGCGGUAUAUGAGCCCGACACUGGGUUUGUUCCCGCGAGUCGGAGGGGAGCAUACGGACGUCGUCCACAUACGGGACAGCAUAUACUGUGCGAUGUCUGUCUGGGCGCUCUACCAGGCCUACAACCGACUCGAUGACGACAAGGGCCGGAUCCACGAGCUCGGACAGAGCACGGUGAAGAUCAUGCGUGGCGCCCUCUUCUGCUGGAUGAGGCAGGCCGACAAGGUGGAGCAGUUCAAGCAGAACCAGGGCCCUCACAACGCGCUGCACUCCAAGUUCCACUACAAGACCGGAGAUCCGAUCGUGGGAACCGAAUCAUACGGCCACUUGCAGAUUGACGUCGUCGCGCUGUACCUGAUUACACUCGUCCAGAUGAUCUCCUCUGGACUCCAGAUCAUCUACACGACGGACGAGGCAAACUUCAUCCAGAACCUGGUUUACUACAUCGAGCGCGCGUACCGCACUCCGGACUACGGAAUGUGGGAACGCGGCAGCCGCUACCACAACGGCCAGUGCGAGCUUCACGCCAGUUCGAUCGGCAUGACGAAGGCCGCGCUGGAAGCGAUCAAUGGGUUCAACGUGUUCGGAACGUACGGAACGUCGUCGUCAGUGAUCUAUGUCGACAUCGACGCCUACAACCGCAACCGCACCAUCUUCGAAACGAUGCUGCCGAGAGAGUCGUCGUCCAAGAAUUUCGAUGGGAUCGAGUGUGAGUGGCCGAUGUUUGACUUGUUCUACUUGAUCGACGCCGUUUUCCGAGGAGACGCAAAGCAAAUGGAAUUUUACAAAAAGCGCGUCGACGAUGUUCUGAAGCAGACGCCUGAAGGCGACGUCGACGAAACCGCGGACGCCUCGCCGCCGCCGGAAGACGACGAUGAUGAUGCAGACCCGUACGCGCUGCCGGAGAUACAGCCAGACGCGAUACUACCGAUGAACUUCUACGUGCGUCGCAUGGACGUCGAUGAGGCGCGCGCCGACCCAAAAGGAGCGUCGCGCCGCUCCAGCAAGGAGUGGAUCGACGGCAAGGUGCACCUGAUGGGCAACGCCCUCUACAUCAUCAGCUCGCUGCUCAUUGAGAACCUGCUCCAUGUCAACGAGCUGGACCCAGUAAGACGCUACCUACCCGCGUCCGAGCGACCGCGCAAGAGCAUCCGAUACUCCUUCUUUCAGCGGCUAAAUACAUCAGGUUCGGCGAGCGACCUCAUCAUCCAGGUGGUGCUGGUGGCGGAGAGCAGCCAGCUGCAGUCGAUGCUGGCGACGUACGGCAUACAGACGCAGACGCCGCACCAGAUCGAGCCGAUACAGGUGUGGUCGGCCUGGGAGCUCGUUAAGAACCUCGUGUCGACGGCCGUGCAUAGAACCACCUGGACUUCCUUCAGAACAUGCCGGAGAUCGCGAUUGUCCUUCAAGUCGUUCGAGGAAGUGACGAGUGACACGGGAUACAAGAGUCUGACCGACAUCCCGCGUGCCAUACGCAAGCUGUCCAUGAACUACCUGAGUAAAACAGAGUCGUGGGAGAACAAGUCGACGUGGGACAUCUGUCAGUGCCUGCGCACGUGCGAGAGCUCGCAGAUGGCUGCGCGGCUGAUGCACAUAGUGCUCGUGCGCGAGGGACCCGGCUUCUACCUCGACGACGGCACGAUCGUCGACAAGAUCGAGCGGCUAGCGAAGACGGCCGCCAACAGCAAGAACUGGAAGGUGGUCCGGUUCUGCUACAGCAUCCUGGGCAAGAUAGUCGACAGCCUCGUGCCGAGCACUACAUCUGUUCUAGUCAGAGGCAAGCAGCUCGUCAAGGAAGCGUUCAGCUACUUCCAGAGCGACCAGAGCCGGCUGCACCCGGCGGAGAGCGCGAGCAACAUGGCCGCCUUCCUCGACACUUCGCCAGACAUCGUCAACGGCACGACGAGCUACCUCGCCAAGGCCGCCGUCAACAGCCUCCUGCAGGGCCCCCUGGUGGAGGCCAACGUGAACGACAAGCCGUGCAAGAUGAUGUAA